UAUAAAUUUCAUUCACCGUUCGAUGCUGUAUAUUUUCUACUGGGAACACGGGGCAGUUAGUAGAAAGUUUUGCGACAGUAUCGAAGAAGCCAUGAGAGUGGUCGUUGUUACUCGGAGAAAACGUGUCUACCGCAUUUACUAUAACCAAGCCACACCAGAUCGCCUUAAUCACUUAUCUUUAGUGAAUUGGUGGUCGGAUCGUUUAUAUAAGAAUCCAGUGUUGCCAGCUGCCGACAAAGUGUACAAGAACUUUCGCGGGCGAGUUUUUAAUGUACCGGUGUUACACGCUCCUCCAUGGCACUUUGUUAAUUACAAAAAUUCUUCAGUUAACGUAACGGGCGGUAGAGAUGACAAGCUACUCGCACUACUGGCUGGGAAAUUAAAUUUCAAAUACAAAUAUUACGAUCCACCUGUGCGAAGUCAGGGCUCAAUGAUAUCAGGUAACGGCACAUUCAAAGGAGUUCUUGGACUCAUAUGGAAACGGCAAGCUGAUUUCUUCCUUGGAGAUGUAACAAUUACAUGGGAAAGGCUUCAAGCGGUGGAGUUCUCUUUUCUAUCCCUAGCAGACUCCGCAGCCUUCCUCACUCAUGCUCCAGACAAACUGAGCGAAACUCUUGUUAUCAUUAGACCUUUUCAAUGGCAGGUAUGGCCCCUGGUAUGCGCUACCUUUCUUGUAAUAGGCCCAGCUCUAUGGUUUGUGAUAGCAACGCCUAUAUACUGGCAGCGGCGUCAACGAAACAUGCUGCAACUGUUGGACGAAUGUUGUUGGUUCACAACCACGCUGUUCCUGCGACAAACCUCCAACAAAGAGCCCUCCCGGUCAAACAAGGCUCGAUUGGUUUCCAUAAUAAUAUCCCUCGGCGCCACUUACGUUAUUGGAGAUAUGUACUCCGCAAACUUAACUAGUCUAAUGGCCAAACCGGCCAAGGAGCAGCCCAUCGGCACUUUGGAGGGACUCGAAGAGGCUAUGAGGGAGAGGGGAUAUGAAUUGGUUGUGGAAAAACAUAGUUCUACGUUGACAAUAUUACAGAACGGCACAGGCGUAUAUGGCUCGUUGGCUCGCCUGAUGAAGCGCCAACGGAUUCAGCGCGUGCGCAGUGUAGAAGUAGGAGUUCGUAUGGUGUUAUCCAGACGCCGCGUUGCAGUGCUAGGAGGACGCGAAACAUUGUAUUAUGAUUCCGAACGCUUUGGUGCGUAG